UGAAAAGAGUUCAUACUUUCUAGAUUUCUUCAAAUCUCUCUCUCUUUGAUUCUCUGGUUUCCCUCCACGACAAUGGAGUUUACAAGCAAAAAUCUGUUAGUUCCAUGUCUAUUCUUCUUCUUCUUCUUCAUAGCAUACCUUGAUGUCCCUGUUGUCUCCGACACCCGUGUAACCCCUUACAGCCCCAUCGAAAACAUCACUAUCGACUGUGGUUCUUCAAUCGACGAUAAUUCUCUCGACGGCCGUCCUUGGGUGGGAGAUGUCGGAAAAUUCACCCCUUUAGAGCAACAAAACAAUAACAACCAAUCAUCCACGGCUUUAACAGCACCUAUACAAAACUCAGUUGAGAGUGUUCCCUACUCCACUGCCCGUCUUUCUCACUCCGAAUUCACCUAUUCGAUUCCCUUAACCGCCGGUCAAAAGUUCAUUCGCCUGCACUUCUACCCGGUCACAUAUCCAGGCUUUGACGACCCUUCUAAUAAAUCUUUCUUCUCUGUCAAAGCAGGUCCUUAUACCCUCCUCAACAAUUUCAGUGCUUUACUCCAUGUGCAAGCGCAAGGACGAGCUACUGUGGUCAAAGAAUUUUGUUUAAACGUGGAUGAUAGCCAAAGGCUAAACUUAACCUUCACCCCAAGUCCCGAUAUCGCUGAUUCCUACGCUUUCAUCAAUGGAAUUGAAGUUGUUUCCAUGCCGACAAAUCUAUAUUAUACACCGAGCAGCGAAGCAGGGGUGCCUUUUAUAGGCCAGGCUGAUGGAACCUUGUUCCCCGUAGGAAACAACACUGCCCUCGAGAGUGUGUAUCGAGUCAACGUCGGCGGGAAGGAAAUCACGCCGGGAUUAGACACCGGGAUGUUCCGGCACUGGUCGACCGACGACGAUUACUUGACAAUAGCGAAGCCUAGUGCUCUUCCUGUUAAUACCGGUAUUAGUCUCACCUUCAGCGACAUACCAUCCUACUCGGCUCCAAGGGAUGUUUAUGUCACUGCCAGAACCAUGGGAACGAACAAGACAGAGAAUGAGAACUACAAUCUGACAUGGGAUUUCCUUGUUGAUUCUGGGUUCAGUUACUAUGUCAGAUUACAUUUUUGUGAGUUUCAGAAAGAGAUAACUCAACAAGGUAACAGAGUCUUCGAGAUCUUCUUGGCUAAUUUAACCGCAGAAACUCAAGCAGAUGUUAUAGCCUGGAGUUCUGGAAAUGGGUUCCCAGUGUAUAAGGACUAUGUUGUGGCAAUGGGAAGAAGGGGAAAUCUAAAGCAACAAAGUCUCUCUGUUGCUUUGCAUCCUGCUCCGGCAUGGAGGACGAAUUACUCUGAUGCAAUCUUGAAUGGACUAGAAAUCUUCAAAUUGAGCAAUAAUAUGGAUCUUUCCGGACCGAAUCCGGAUUCGAUCCUGAUAAAUCCUCCGGUAAAUUCACCACCGGGAUCAACCAAGUCCAAGAGCAGCAGCAAAACAACAAUUGGUAUCGUGGCAGGUGUGACAGGUGGCCUAAUUGUUAUGUGUCUCAUUUGUUUCUUGGUUUUCCGGCAAAAGAGAAGAGUCAAAGAUUCAGGCUCCAACGACGGAGCUUCAUGGUGGAGCCAAUUUUCUUACACAACCAAAUCAACCAAGUCUACCAAGUCGACCAAAUCCCGUGGCUCAUCCCUACCAUCCGACCUUUGCCGCUACUUUUCACUUGCUGAGAUCAAAGGAGGAACCAACAACUUCGACAGUGUUUUCAUUAUCGGUGUCGGUGGUUUUGGCAAUGUAUACAAAGGGUUUAUCGAUGGCGGAGCAACCCCGGUUGCGAUCAAACGGUUGAAUCCAGAGUCUCAACAAGGGGCUCACGAGUUCAAGACCGAGAUCGAGAUGCUCUCGCAGCUACGCCACUUACAUUUAGUGUCGUUAAUCGGAUACUGCAACGAUGAUGGUGAGAUGAUCCUCGUUUACGAUUACAUGGCUCGUGGUACACUUCGUGAUCAUCUCUACAACACCGAAAACCCUGCUCUCCCAUGGAAACAACGCUUAGAGAUUUGUAUCGGUGCAGCUCGUGGGUUGAAUUAUCUUCACUCAGGUGCCAAGCACAUAGUCAUUCAUCGAGACGUCAAGACCACAAACAUUUUGUUGGAUGAGAGGUGGGUGUCUAAAGUUUCAGAUUUCGGGUUGUCAAGAAUCGGCCCUACCAACAUGUCCCAGGCACAUGUUAGCACAGUGGUGAAAGGCAGCUUCGGGUAUUUGGACCCAGAGUACUAUCGUCGUCAACAGUUGACAGCGAAAUCCGAUGUAUAUUCAUUCGGUGUGGUCCUAUGUGAAAUAUUAUGUGCUAGGCCACCGAUUAGUCGAUCAGUCGACAAGUCACAGAUCAGCUUAGCAGCAUGGGCUCAACACUGCCACCGAAGUGGAACUCUUCACAAUAUCAUUGAUCCAUUAUUGAGGGGUCAGAUUGCACCCGAGUGUUUGAAAAAAUUCACCGAAGUGACGAUGAGCUGUUUGCACGACGAAGGGUCCGAAAGGCCCUCGAUGGGCGACGUGGUGUGGGGACUAGAGUUUGCGCUACAGUUGCAAGAAAGUGGCGAGGCGAAGCUUAAAUCUGCUACCGAUGGGGCUUCCAUAGAAGCAGAGUUUGAUGAGGAGACCCCCUUGAAAGGAUUGGAAGACGAUAGUGGCGACGUUUUCAGUAGCCUCGGCGAUCAUGUCCUCAACCCCAAUAGCACCGGCAGUUUCAGUUUAACGACAAGUGACAGUUUUGCCAGCAAAGAUUCUGAUAGACCCUUGUCUAAGGCAGUUUUUUCCGAGAUUAGAAAUCCUCAAGGACGAUGAUCAAAACUGGUAGCUAGCAGUCACGUGGUCCCAAGUCUCAAAUGCUCUGUUCAUUAACAUCUCUAGUGAUCGUUUGUAAAGCACUAGAAUUUCUGUUCCGGUGUGUAAGAUCAAACCAUGUCAAUUUCAACUGUCAAAAAAAAGGGGGGGAUACUUGAAGCCGGUAGUGGACGAUUACCAAUAAACGGUCUAAUUUCAAACAGAGAAUCAAAUCGCGGCCGCAUUCUCUGUUAUGUCGUGUUUACUACUAUUGUGGCCAUAGCAGACGCUAUUACGGCUAUAGCGGGAUUAUCGGAAGGCAGCGCUAUCGUUAUAUCGCAGGCGCUAUCGCGGUCGCUUAUUACUGUUUAAAACCCUGAUUUCAACUCCUAAAGCUCCCCGGUAUUUUUA